CGCGAGGCGAAUCUACUUCCUCUUUGCUCCUGCGCUACGAGGGCAGCCAUGGUGAACGUACCGAAAACCCGCAGGACUUACUGCAAGAAGUGCAAGAAGCACCAGCCUCACAAAGUCACCCAGUAUAAGAAGGGCAAGGACUCGCUCUACGCCCAGGGUAAGAGGCGUUACGACAGAAAGCAGAGCGGUUACGGAGGCCAGACCAAGCCUAUAUUCAGGAAAAAGGCCAAAACCACGAAGAAGAUCGUGCUGAGGCUGGAGUGCGUAGAGCCCAACUGCCGCUCUAAGAGGAUGCUGGCCAUUAAGAGGUGCAAACACUUUGAGCUGGGAGGAGACAAGAAGAGAAAGGGCCAGGUCAUCCAGUUCUAAGCUGGACCAUGGACUUUCUUUUGUGGUUCUUCAUCUGUCAAUAAAAGUUGUAUACAGAAAAAUC